AGAGGUGAAGGACAAAAACCGGCGUUGCUUCUUCACUCACUAUUCAUUGGACCCCUUUCUUAUAUAAAUGUUGUUCUUCUUGAUUAUUCUUUCCAUACAUUGUUCUUAAAACAAUGGCUGGGCAGUUUAUAGUUGGAGUUGCAGGUGUUAUAGUCUUUCUUUUGGGGUUUGCUUUCUUAGUGAGAUUUUGGGGGCUGAGCAAGCUGAAAAGAGCAGCUUCAAUGGAGUUCCCAAAGGAAAACUGUGUAAACAAAAAUGGAAAUGGUGAGGCUGAGGGUGUUGGGACUACAGAAAUUAUCAUAGUCGGUGCUGGUGUUGCCGGUGCUGCUCUUGCCUAUUCUCUUGGAAAGGAUGGACGUCGAGUGCGAGUGAUAGAAAGAGACUUAAAUGCACCUAAUAGAAUUGCUGGUGAAGGUCUAUUGCCUGGAGGCUACCUCAAGUUAAUUGAAUUAGGCCUUGAAGAUUGUUUAGAAGAGAUUGAUGCUCAACGAAUUUUGGGUUAUACUCUAAACAAGGAUGGGAAGGAGGCUGUCGUAUCUUUUCCAUUGGAAAAGUUUCUGUCUCAUGUUGUAGGAAGAACUUUCCAUAAUGGUCGUUUCGUUCAAAGAUUGCGAAAGAAAGCCGCAUCUCUUCACAACAGUGUAAGUUUAGAACAAGGGACAGUAACAUCUCUACUUGAAGAAAAUGGUAUUGUUAAAGGAGUGCACUAUAAAGAUAAGAGCGGUCAAUUGCUAACAGCUUACGCUCCUCUCACCAUCGUCUGUGAUGGUUGUUUCUCGAAUUUGAGACGCUCUCUCUGCCAUUCUAAGGUGGAUAUCCCCUCUUAUUUUGUUGGUUUUAUCUUGACGAACUGUAAACUUCCAAAAGAAGAAUAUGGAGUUUUUAUAUUAGCAGAUCCUUCACCUAUCGUAUUUUAUCAAAUUAGUAGCACUGAAAUUCGUUGCUUGGUGGAUGUUCCAAGUCAAAAUCUACCCUCUGUUUCCAAUGGUGAAAUGGCCCAUUACUUGAAAACUUUGGCGGCUCCCAAGGUUCUUCCUGAAUUAUAUGAUUCCUUUAUAUCUGCAAUAGAGAAGAAGGACAACAUAAGAAUAAUGCCGAACAAAAUCAUGGCUGGUGCUCCACACCUCACUCCUGGUGCUUUUUUGAUCGGCGAUGCAUUCAAUAUGCGGCAUGCUAUAACUGGAGGGGGAAUGACUGUUGCUUUAUCUGAUGUUGUGAUACUUAGGGAUCUUCUAAGACCCUUGCAUGAUCUAUCUGAUGCAUCCGCCAUUUGCAAAUAUCUCGAAUCCUUUUACACUCUGAGGAAGCCAAUGUCAUCUACGAUAAAUACACUAGCCAAUGUCUUCCAUAAGGUAUUUAGUGCCUCGUCCGAUCCUGCGAUGGAGAAUAUGCAACAAACAUUGUUGGGCUAUUUGAAGCUUGGAGGGUUUUUUUCAUCUGGAGUAUCAGCUAUGCUCUCUGGUUUAUGCCCUCGUCCAUUAAGCUUAGCAUUUCAUUUCUUUGUCAUGGCAAUAUAUGGUGUUGGCCAGUUGUUGCUUCCAUUUCCUUCUCCCAAACGCUUGUUGGAUGGGGCUAAACUCCUUUGGGUUGCAUCAAGUGUUUUUCUCCCCAUUAUACACUCUGAAGGAGUCAGACAAAUGUUUUUCCCUCUAUCUGUGCCAGCAUAUUAUAGAACCCCCCCUAAGGGUAAAAAAAUCUAAGAGGAAACUCCAUGCAUUUGUGCUGAACAAUCCUAUAUUCGCAACAAAUUUUCAUAUUUGUUUCUAGUUAGCAUUCUUAAGUAGGCUUGAUGGUCGUUUGAACUCAUAUUAUUUUUAUGUGUCUUGUUUAAAAUUCUAAAAAAACGUUUAGUAAUUCUUGUAUUGGUGUUAUUUUUAUGUAGCUUGUUUGAAAUAUUGAACUAA